AUAGCGCUGACCGCCGGGUGCCCUUGCAGCCUAGCAGUUUUAUCGCGUGCUGAGCGUUUUGCUACCAGCGCGCCGAACGAAGAGGGUUAACGCACGAUCGGCCAUGAUUGUGGUGUGUGCAUCGCCUGUUCUCCCGCCCCGCCUGUGAGGGAGAGGGAGAGAGAGAAAGUGAGUGAGUGAGUGAGAGAAAGAACGAGAAGUCGAGUGAGGAGGAAGGAGUUCUUCUAUCGACACAGGAGUGUGCUUCUCUUGUUUUGAUUUCUUUUUUUUCGUGACUGUUAGCUUGCCUGUCCAUCUUCAUUUUGACGUGGAGGUGAAGUACAGGUAGAUGUAGAUUAGACAGCGCGAAGUAAGUGAUCAUUAAACGAAUUUUUCCAGGUUAUUUUUUCCCCAUCUCAUUGUGAAUGGAACGUAGUAUGUUAACCCUAUCAAGUCGUUGAAGUGGCUAGAUCAAGGUGGAGGUCAUCACUGGACACACCUAUUUAUAGCAUUAUGAAAUGUUUCAGUGGCGACAUUGACUAAGUGUAGAUUGACAUCAUACCACACGUAGUACUGAAGGCUGAUAUCAAGCCCAAGUCGUGUGUUAGAGUUGUAAAAGGAGAGAAAUAGAAUUACAUUUACCUGUGGACAAGACAAGAGGAAAGAGAUACAAUAUUGCAUUUACUUGUGGACAGGACAUCCGAAUAGGAGACCAUUACUGUUCGAGCGGUGUAUCUGAUAUUCUUCGACAAAAUGGUCUUGGGAGCCACAACUCGUGACUUCUUGCAGAAUCUGGACGCCCUGCACGACCAUCUGUCCACCAUCUACCCAGGCAUGCGUGCUCCUUCCUUCCGGUGCACGGAGAGGGAAAAAGAUGGCGCCACAGUUCUGCAUUACUACUCCGACCGACCUGGGCUUGAACACAUCGUCAUCGGUAUUGUUAAGGAAGUGGCCCAAGCUCUGCACGACUCUCCCGUCAACGUGGAGAUAAUCCAGGACAAGGGCGACAACUGUGACCACGUACAGUUCGCCAUCACAGAAGCCAACCAACCGGACCAGAGCAAGAAGGCGGAGCUUGAAGAGUUUGACCACACCCUCUCCUCCGAGCCCAAGAUAAGCCCUGCCUCCUUCUGUCGAGCAUUCCCAUUCCACAUGUUGUUUGACCGAAAGCUGGUCAUCCAGCAGGCCGGUGUGUCCAUCAGCAGAGUCAUUCCGAAGGUGACCCAGCACUGCCGUCUCACAGAGAUGUUUGACAUGAUUCGCCCCCACAUGGAAUUCGGGUUCGAUCUGGUGCUGUCCCAUAUCAACACCGUGUUUGUGCUCAUCACCAAGAAGGGAGUGCUCACGGUGGACGACGAAGAGGACGCCCACAGUGCUAUGAUGGACGAAAGGCAGCAGAUGAGGUUGAAAGGUCAGAUGAUCUACGUGCCGGAGUGCGACUCAAUCCUUUUCCUGUGCUCACCCAGCGUGAUGAAUCUGGAUGACAUAAGUAGGCGUGGCCUGUAUUUGAGUGACAUCCCACUUCAUGACGCCACACGCGAGCUGGUCUUGCUUUCUGAACACUGGGAGGCGGAAUAUAAACUGGCUCAGAACCUAGAGGUGCUCACCGAUCAGCUACAACAAACCUAUAGAGACCUGGAAGACGAGAAGAAAAAGACGGACAGACUGAUGUACUCCAUCCUCCCUCCGUCCGUCGCUAACGAGCUCCGCCACAGACGCCCUGUGAACGCCACCAAACAUACCAACGUCACUCUGCUGUUCAGUGGCAUCGUGGGCUUCUCCCAGUAUUGCGCUAGGCACUCAGACACGGAGGGCGCCAUGAAGAUCGUAGAGCUGCUCAACAUUGUCUAUACACGGUUUGACGAGAUGCUCGACCCUACCAAGAACCCCAACAUCUUUAAGGUAGAGACAGUGGGAGACAAGUACAUGGCGGUGAGCGGUCUUCCGGAUCAAUGUGAUGACCACGCCAAGUCUAUAGCCAAACUGGCGCUCGAUCUGAUGGACAUCUCCAGGGAGCUGAAGGAUCCUAAUGGGGAACAGAUCAUGGUUCCUACAGCAGCCCCUGAACAGCGACAAAAGUUUCAAGUUCCAGUACAGAGGAGAGGUGGUGAUGAAGGGCAAGGCCACUCCCAUGAAGUGUUACUUCCUCACAAGGAAAGUGGCCAGUCCUGAGAAGAAGUCCCGGACCUGCGAUAUCUAAUGAAUUCUUGAACUUGUGAAAAUGAUGUAAUAGGACGUAUAGUUUAGAUGCACUUUACUCUCAAUAAUAAAUGAAUAAAGAUAAAAUACAUUUUUUAAAAUAUCCCAGAAGGGCAAUUUGGAUUACAAGGGGAAACAUACACGUACAUGAUAGACCUACAUAAAUACUUUAUUAUAAAUAAUGCAUAAAAUCACAUACACAUAUAUACAUGAAAAAAUAAAUAAACAAUAUUACACCAAUACGGAA